GUGGUUUCUCUGUCAUUCGUCGUAUUCUCACCUCUUCUUCUUCUUCUUCCUCUCGUUCUCAUCUUCCACGCUUCUUCUAUCACAUCAAAUUCCCCUCAAACCUCACUUUUUGCUUUGUUCGUUCCCACUUUUUCUGAAAACAUCACAGCUAAACUUUCACUUUCGUUUCACAUCGUUCUUCUUCUUAUUAUAAAGUUUAAUUAGGAUCAGACAGAGAUUAGGGCAAAAAACAACAAUGGCUCAAGCGGUUGAAGAAUGGUACAAACAGAUGCCGGUGAUUACAAGAUCCUAUCUCACUGCGGCUGUUGUCACCACCAUCGGAUGCUCCCUCGAGAUAAUUUCUCCGUAUCAUUUGUACUUGAAUCCUAGACUGGUUGUGAAGCAAUAUCAGUUUUGGCGUUUGGUUACUAAUUUCUUGUACUUCAGGAAAAUGGACUUGGAUUUCUUGUUUCAUAUGUUUUUUCUUGCUCGGUACUGCAAGCUUCUAGAAGAGAACUCGUUCAGGGGAAGAACUGCUGAUUUUUUUUACAUGCUCUUAUUUGGUGCCUCUGUAUUGACUGGAAUCGUUCUUCUUGGGGGAAUGAUACCUUACUUAUCAGAGUCAUUUGCAAAAAUUAUAUUCCUCAGCAACUCCUUGACUUUUAUGAUGGUUUAUGUAUGGAGCAAACAGAACCCCUUUAUUCACAUGAGCUUCCUAGGUCUUUUUACUUUCACCGCGGCCUACCUUCCCUGGGUUCUCUUGGGGUUCUCUGUCCUUGUUGGUGCUAGUGCCUGGGUAGACCUACUGGGAAUGAUUGCUGGCCAUGCAUACUAUUUUCUUGAAGAUGUCUAUCCUAGGAUGACCGGUCGUCGGCCCCUAAAAACACCAUCACUCAUCAAAGCACUUUUUGCUGAUGACCCAGUUGUUGUGGCACGACCUGCCAAUGUUAGAUUUGCUGCCCCGCAAGCUGACGAACUUCACCAAGAUUGAGUGGUCCAUUCCACUGUUGUGAGAGAACAUACAUGAAGAAAAUACACAACUAAGUGGUCAUCAAACAUUGUAAUAUAUUAAUAUUUUCAAACUUUUUUUUCGCGUGCAAUUGUUAAUUAAGAUUUUAGUUGCACCUAGUCGAAUGACCAAAGUUUUUACAGAAGUGAGAUGAUAGAUUUUCUCUUUUCUGAUCGUGUAGAUAUAAUAUUAUCAUUCCUUUUACUAUU